CCAGAAAUCGCCAUGCACCUGUAGAUGGUGGAUUCGAGAGCGACGACUUGACCCGCGUAUUGUCCCGGCAUAGCCAUAUCCGAGGCCUGAAUUCAGCAGGUUGAUCACUGGCCUUCGAAUCAAUCAGCAUCAAUACCGCCACAAUGUUCGCCUUACUCCGACCCCAAUGCCUCUACACUGCGCCCGCCGCUCGCACCUUCACAAGCAGCGCCAGCCUCGCCUGGCAGUCACACAAGAACGCACUCGCCAAAGUGCACGCCGAUUUACCACCGUAUCCUCACGGACCCGCCCGAUGGUUCAAGCAAUCCGACAAGGGUCUCUACGGCGGUCAGCGCAUCCAGUUCGGCAACAAUGUAUCACGCAAGACCGAAAUCAAGACACGAAGGAGCUGGUACCCCAACAUCAAGCGCAAGGCUCUCUUCUCAAAGGCCUUGAACCGUCGCAUUCGCGUCCGCGUUAGUACCAGAGUCAUGCGCACAAUCGACAAGGUCGGAGGACUCGACGAAUACUUGCUGGGCGAGAAGUCGGCACGCAUCAAGACGCUAGGAAUGGAGGGCUGGAGAUUGCGUUGUAUGAUUAUGGCUACAAAGACUGUGCAGGAGCGCUUCAAUCAGCAGAGACGCGCGCUGGGUCUGCCUGAGGUCGACUACGCCCUUCUGGCCAGUGAGCUCAACCCUCCUACCGAGUUGCUCGAUGCUGAGGCAUCAGGCGAGCCUCUCGAGUUUGGAGUUGAGGAAGAGCAAGCGGGUGAGGACGCAUUUGACUCCACCAUCGGUGGUAGCGAGGCGACAGGCGGUAGCAGACAAGAAGCGUUCCAGCAAAGGGUGGACCAAGCCCUCGACAAGAACUGGGAACAGGCUCGAUGAAGAAGUUAUGGAUACUGGCGUUUCUUUUCAUGUACAUUAGGGUUGGAGCAAAGACUGUACAAUUUGAACAUCACGAUAAUCAGUGGUUUAGCAAGAUAAGCACGACAAAUUCGCAUCUUAAUCUCUUCAUAGUCACGCUCUACUUGGCUCGUAGGUACUAGGCAAGGAAGGAAGGAAGGAAGGAAGGAAGGAAGGAAGGAAGGAAGGAAGCACAAUAGGUAAUUACUGCAUUUCAGUAGUUGGAACACCGAUUAGACAUGGG